UUUUUUUUUUUUUUUUAGUUUAUGACACUAAUAAACAAUACUCCUAUAUCGUUUUUUGUUCUUGCCUGUUUGAGCAUAUAUAUUUUUAGUUUAAGUUUGUUUUGUUUAGUUUACGCCACUAAACAAUUUAUCAUACUUGUGAUUUGGUGUGAUAAAAUUGGUUAAUAAUCUUAACUUUGACCGAUUUUCUUUAAAUAAUUCAAAUUUCAGACAUAUAAUCCCUGUUUUGGAUUUUUUUUGUUGCUAUAACCAUUCUUCUUAUUGUGGAAGAAAAUAAAUACUCAAAAUGUGAGAAGUAAAAGAUACUUUAUUAAGGUUUGGUUUUUCAAUUAGGGUGUGUAGAGGCAAGUAAUUCGGGCUAAAACCGGCUUGGUCAUUUUGGGAAUCAAGCAAUCUUAGUUUGAGGAAAUUUUUUUUAUUUUUUAUUUAUUAUUAUUUUUUUUUUUAGUUCGAGUCAUUAUUGGUACUGAAUAUGUUCGGGUUAAUUAGUUUGGGUUGAAAUCGGGUCAGGUUACUUUAGAUAUCGGGUCAACUAAGAUUUUGGUAAAGUCAGGUCAUAUUACUUAAGGUAUCGGGUCAAAGGUGGGUCAACUCCACUUUAGGCUAGGUUUUGGGUCAGGUCCAUUUUAGGUUUCUAAGUCAAAUUUGGGUCGUUAGUUGUUUCGGGUCCAAAUCGGAUCUCGGGUCAGGCAAUCGGAUACGAGUAAAUUUUACCCGACCUCUUGCAUGGCUCAUGGUAUACAUCAAGAUUGUUUAAUUCGCUCUAUCUUUUCUGGACUAACAGUUGAGUGCAGCAGUCCAAAUCUUCCUUCAACUGGUUUAACGGCUUUCUCCUCGGAUGACCUUCUAACAAUCACCGAACAUUACCGGCACAUUCAUUUAAUCGGAUAUGAAAACUUCCCUACUGUUUACAAAGGUUGGAUUGAUGAUGGGCAGACUCCAUCUGAAACUAAAAUGCCUGUUGCUGUCAAAAGGCUCAAACUUGAAGGUUUUCCGGGACACGAUGAAUGGUUGACAAAAUUAAACUAUCUAGGCCAGCUGCAUCAUCCUAAUCUGAUGAAACUAAUUGGAUACAAUCUUGAAGAUGAACUUCAUUGGCAUCUAGUGACCGAGUUUUUGCCCAAGAAUAACCUGGAUUUUCACUUGUAUGGUGGAAGGGCUACGCGGCCACUUUCCUGGGAAACUAGGAUGAAAAUUGCUGUUGGUGUUGCCGAAGGACUCUCUUUCCUUCAUGAUGCUGAAUCACAAGUCAUAUAUCGUUAUCUAGAUCCAACAAAUAUCUUUCUGGAUGAUGAUUUUAAUGCAAAGCUAUCAAUUUAUGUGUCAACUCAGGCUAUGGACAUUUACAAUGAUGCAAGACUGGGUUACACAGCACCAGAGUCUGUAGAAAAAAAGUAUGGACCAGGUAGCUUUACAACAGCGAGCGAUGUCUACAGUUAUGGGGUUGUGUUACUUGUACUAUUAUCAGGACGGCCUGCAUUCGAAAAGAAAAUGAUCGGUAAGAUUGAAAUAGUGCGCUCGGCCUCAGGUAUGAAGUCGCGGAGACAGUUAAUCCAAUUCAUGGAUCACAAGCUUAAAUACCAAUAUCCACAAAAAACUGCUUUUAAAGUUGCUACACUAGCUAUUCAGUGUACACUUUUGCCUUGUUUUUCUAGGCCUAAUAUGUCAGAGGUCUUACGGAAACUUAAUAAAGCUUUAAGACCUCCAGAAUGCAGGUUACAAGAGCACUGAACACCUACCUUUGCACCUCACGGGUCUUACUUGAAUGUCCUCAUGUUUAUUGAUCAUAGAGAUUCCAAGGAGAUUUACAUUUCAGUCUAUGUAUCUAGAUAAUAGAUGUUCGAGUACUUUACAAAAUACAGAAGUGCAUGAAUACACCUUUUAUAUAUA